CUCCAUGGAGAGGAUCUAAGACAGUGAACAAUGUAGAUCCCUGACCGACUCUGAAGUUAAAAGACACAGCCCAGCCUCCUGGUCCAAGCCGGAAGAGCUUUCCAGGUCUUUGCCAGGCCUGACACCUGAUGACUAGAGGUUUCUCCCUUCUCUGCCACCGGGAGUUAAAAUAGAGUGAUGGCGAAUCCUGUACAAGCCAGCAGCCGGAUGUGAAGGGUCAGGAAAGGGACUGAUACUCUGCAAUCGCUUAGGGUGAACCGGAUCUUGGCCCUUCACCAGAUGCACUUCCUUUUUAUUCACAGCCUCAAGGAGGUUGUGUAAUGGCAGGAUGUCUUAAGCUUCCCUGUGUGUCGAUGUGGGACAUGGCAGACAGCUGUUACCUCCGAUGUCUUACUGACCUUAGGGGUAUAUGCUAUUUUAAAGUGACUCUGACCAGCCCUGGCUGUUCUUGAGCUCCCUCUGUAGACCAGGCUGGCCUUGAACUCACAGGGAUUUGCCUGCCUCUGCCUCUCGAGUACUAGAACUAAAGGUGUGUACCACCACCACCACCAGGCUUGAAGUGGGUUCUUAUGACCUUUAGGGAUGUGAUUUUUAUUCAUUCAAAGGGAAACUGGGCUAACAAAUACCAGCAAAGAGAAUGGGCCAGAUUGUGGACUGUGUAUUGGGGUCUUUGUUGUUCCUUAUGGUCUCCCACUGAAGAGGCAAACUCCUUGUUUGGGGGUGGGGUCGUUGGGCGUUAAGCCUGUACCCCAGCAGAGCUUAGUCCAACAAAGAAUGUCUUCCUAAAGCAGAUCACUUCUACAUCCCACCUCUAGCAGGGCGGUGAUAGAGCACACUGUUAGACUUAGCAGGACAAGUCCAUAUUUCUGUUCAGAGAACUGAGGCCACAGUUAACGGUGUGACCCAGCCCAUUCCCCAGCAAUCUGAAGCAGCAUCGCACAGUCUCAAAAAUGUCCAGGGAUGCACUUGACUUCCUGGAGUCUCUGAGCUAACCUCUCUCAGCCUCUUUGCCUUUCACUUACAAUGGGGCUAUAGUUUUGGCCAGGCCACACACCAUGUAUCCAGUAUUCUUCCCUUACUGGUCCUGUGUGUCCUGUGUCUUUCCACCCUAUCGUCUGUCUUUUCUUUGUGUCCGUGUCUGGUGUCCUCGGCUUAUUCUACAGAACUGUCUUUUCUUCCCAGCUUGCCAUUUUGGAAGCAGCCUCCAGGAACUUUCCAUUUUCCUUCUGACUAUGCCCUGUCUUCCUCGGAGAACACACAUUUCUUAGGAGGAGAGAGAUUUGGCUGAAAAGUCAUCCAGUUUUCCUUCAACCCUGUAUCUUGGGUGGUCUGAGAGGGAGGGCUAAAUCCAUUGAUUCCCCUCCCCCAGGGGGAAAAAAAAGCAGGGAGUUUGCUAACCAGAGCUGCUUAGCCAAUCGUUGCCCUGAGAAAGUUUGGAUUGUGCUCCUAUUUCAUUAGGCUGAUUGGAGCAGCCUUGACUCGGAGGUAUAGUCCCUCCCCAAGGGAUUCCAUGUACAGUUACACGGCUGUCGCUGCCUGUGCGUGUCCUUUCAGGAUAGCAACCCACUCCCUCCUCAGCCCCCAGCUCCACCUCCUCCACCUUUUUUUGUUUUUAUCUACUGUCUCCCUUGCUCUCUUUCUUUCCUCUCCCUCCUACCACCGCCUCUUCUUCCAGCCCUCCACUCUCCUGCAGCGCCAAGCCGGCUCCCCAACGCAGUCUGCUGAACGCAAACCACUGAGAGUUUGCUGCGCAGCUCCCUGGGGUCCGGGGCCGCCGAGUCCCGCUAAGGCAGAGACAGCGGCAGAGCGAGCGAGGGAGCGAGCGAGCCGGCGCAGCGGAAGACAAACACGCGGGCACGCGAAGGGGAGCCCCAGGAGGGCAGCCGGGUGGCAAAGCUUGGCAGGCGACUGUCACUGCGUCCCGGGUCGCCUCUUCCCUCUUCGGACUGAGCGAGGAAGCGCGCUUCUUAAAGUUCUAGACCGCAGGAGGCGGCGUCCCCUUCAGUCCCCUCCUCGCGGCGCUCCAGGAAAAGGAACUUGAUCUACUGGCAGCCUCGAGCCUCCCGCUGAACGUGAGAGGGGAUAGUGCCACGGGCCCCGGGGUAGGGAGCCGAGAGAGGGAGCCUCGAGCCAGGCUGCAGGCGGAGGGCACGGAGCAGCGGCCAGGGACCCCGAUGCCGGCGGCCAACAUUAUGGAGAACCUGCAGCUGCCCGCCCUGCAGGUGCCAGAACCUCAGGGCGCGCCCGAGGGCAGCGCGGUGUGGUCCAGCUCGUCCACCCCCACCCUUCGCCGCCGGCGCUUUAAGAUGCGUCGGAUGAAGAACGUGCAGGAGCAGAGCCUGGAGGCGGGGUUGGUAGCACCGGACCUACCCGGCGUUUUGGCCCCCGGCAAGGAGUUCCUGCAACUGCCGUCCAUUGAGAUUACGCCCUCCAGCGACGAGGACACCCCGUGGUCCAACUGCUCCACACCCAGCGCGUCCCCGCGCCGAAAACGCUUCCUGCUCCGCAAGUGGCUGAGGGUAAGGGAGCGGAAGGAAUGCAGUGAGAGCAGCAGCCAGCAAAGCAGCCAACAGAGCAGCCACGAUGAUGAUUCGAGCAGGUUCCUGAGUCCUCGAGUGCGAGACGAAAGCACUGCCAGUAACUCCAACCGCAGCACACCAGCCUGCUCUCCCAUCCUCCGGAAGCGGUCCCGCUCACCAACACCACAGAACCAGGACGGAGACACCAUGGUGGAGAAGGGCUCAGAUCACUCCUCGGACAAGUCCCCAUCCACUCCGGAGCAGGGUGUGCAACGCAGUUGCUCCUCACAGUCUGGUCGGAGCGGUGGUAAAAAUUCCAAGAAAAGCCAGAGUUGGUACAAUGUGCUAAGCCCCACUUACAAGCAGAGAAAUGAAGACUUCAGAAAGCUCUUUAAGCAACUUCCAGACACGGAGCGCCUCAUUGUUGAUUACUCUUGUGCACUCCAAAGAGACAUUCUUCUUCAGGGCCGACUCUACCUCUCAGAAAAUUGGAUCUGCUUCUACAGCAACAUCUUCCGCUGGGAAACCCUGCUGACAGUUCGUUUGAAAGAUAUCUGCUCCAUGACUAAAGAGAAAACAGCUCGCCUCAUUCCCAACGCCAUCCAAGUCUGCACUGAUUCAGAAAAGCACUUUUUUACUUCAUUUGGAGCCCGGGACAGGACGUACAUGAUGAUGUUCCGGCUCUGGCAGAAUGCUCUCCUGGAAAAGCCCCUGUGUCCCAAGGAGCUCUGGCACUUUGUCCACCAGUGCUACGGGAACGAGCUGGGCCUCACCAGCGAUGAUGAGGACUACGUGCCUCCAGAUGAUGACUUCAACACAAUGGGCUACUGUGAGGAGAUCCCCAUAGAAGAGAAUGAAGUGAACGACAGCUCAUCCAAAAGUAGUAUCGAGACCAAGCCGGAUGCCAGCCCACAGCUGCCCAAGAAGUCUGUCACCAACAGCACACUGACGUCUACGGGAAGCAGUGAAGCCCCUGUCUCGUUUGAUGGCUUGCCGUUGGAGGAGGAGGUGAUGGAGGGCGAAGGGUCCCUAGAGAAGGAGCUUGCCAUUGACAACAUCAUAGGGGAGAAGAUUGAGAUCAUUGCGCCUGUGACCUCCCCUUCACUGGACUUCAAUGACAAUGAGGACAUCCCCACCGAGCUCAGUGAUUCUUCAGAUACCCACGAUGAAGGAGAGGUCCAGGCCUUCUAUGAGGACCUGAGCGGAAGACAGUAUGUGAAUGAGGUCUUCAACUUCAGCGUGGACAAACUCUAUGACCUGCUGUUCACCAACUCACCCUUCCUGCGGGAUUUCAUGGAGCAGCGGCGUUUCUCUGAUAUCAUCUUCCAUCCGUGGAAAAAGGAGGAGAAUGGAAACCAGAGUCGGGUGAUUCUCUACACUAUCACCCUCACUAAUCCUCUGGCUCCCAAAACAGCCACUGUCAGGGAGACACAGACCAUGUACAAAGCGAGUCAGGAGAGCGAAUGCUACGUGAUAGACGCUGAAGUCCUCACCCAUGAUGUGCCAUACCAUGACUACUUCUACACCAUCAAUCGCUACACACUCACCAGAGUGGCCCGGAACAAGAGCAGACUCAGGGUCUCCACAGAGCUCCGCUAUCGAAAGCAGCCCUGGGGAUUUGUGAAAACUUUCAUCGAGAAGAACUUCUGGAGUGGACUGGAGGACUACUUCCGCCAUUUAGAGACCGAGCUAACCAAAACAGAGAGUACCUACUUGGCUGAGAUACACAGGCAGUCACCCAAGGAGAAGGCUAACAAGUCGUCAGCGGUCCGGAGGAGGAAGCGUCCCCAUGCUCACCUGCGGGUACCUCACCUGGAAGAGGUGAUGAGCCCUGUCACCACACCCACUGAUGAAGAUGUGGGCCACAGGAUCAAGCACGUGGCAGGUUCCACACAGACACGGCACAUCCCGGAGGACACUCCUGAUGGUUUUCCCCUACAAAGUGUGUCCAAGCUGCUGCUGGUUAUCAGCUGUGUGAUCUGUUUCAGUCUGGUGCUGCUGGUCGUCCUUAACAUGAUGCUCUUCUACAAGCUGUGGAUGCUGGAAUACACCACACAGACACUCACUGCCUGGCAGGGUCUCAGGCUCCAGGAAAGGUUACCCCAGUCUCAAACAGAAUGGGCCCAGCUAUUAGAAUCCCAACAGAAGUACCACGACACCGAGCUCCAGAAGUGGAGGGAAAUCAUCAAAUCCUCAGUGAUGCUCCUUGACCAGAUGAAGGACUCGCUUAUCAAUCUUCAGAAUGGUAUCAGGUCCCGAGACUACCCAGCUGAGAGCGACGAGAAGAGGAACCGCUACCAUUGACAAGGCAGGACCAGGGGUGGCUACAAGAGGCCUGUGCAAUACAUGUACAUAGACCCUAUAAAUAUAUAUAAAUAUAUAUAUAUAUACAGAAUAUAAAUAUAUAUUAUAUACAGAUUUUAAAAAAGAGAUAAUGCCUAUGUACCAGGGAGAAGGAGCGGGAACUCCCGCCCCCUGUGCCGCCAGAGCAGCGUUUUCCCUCCGAUGUGGAGGGACCGAGGAGGGCAGGGACCACCUCUCAGCAGCAACCUCCCCUGAUCCUCCUCCCACUUUUCUGUUCCUCAUUCCUUCCCUUGCUGGCCAUUCUUGGCCCUUAGAAGGGGAAUGUGGCUGAGCCAAAGUUUAUGCCUGUGAAGACCUUUGUCAUCUUCAACGUCGUUGUCUCAAGAGGGCAUUGCUUAAGGUGCUUCAUUUCCUAACCCCCUUUUAAUUUGUCUCUAGAAUAAAAGAGAACCUGUUCUCCUCCCACCCCACCCACUACCCCCCCACACCCACCCAGUGCUUCCCCAGGCUUUCCCUUGGGAACAGGAAGAAUGGAGCAGGCAGGAGCCCCAUUCAAAGUCCCUCAGGAGGCCAUCGGUUAGGACCACACUGAAAUCCAGGUGGCGAGGACUGUGACAGAGGCUGCGUUUGUGGGCCUGGGCUAUGGGGAUGCAGGCUCCUGAGCUCUGGCAUCCGAAGGGAGUUCUUCCUCAGCCACGCCCCACCCCCACCCCCACACACCUUCUUCUCACCUGAGUAGGUUGUGGACCCCACAAGGGCUGGGAAUCCCUAAGUCGCCCACUCCCUUUCUCUCUGGUCUUCUCCCAGGCUGGAUCUGGGGGAAGGGUCACUUUUUAGUGCCUAAAAUCCCGUUGUUUCUGUGUGCCCUAAGAGCACAUUGUUUCUUAGCCAGGGUGGAGCCUUUUUGACCUUGUUUCAAAAACAAAACAGCAACCUCUCUUAGUGGAAGCAAGUCAGGUCUGUGGCUCUAAUUCUUUCUCUUUGAUCUGUGAGUUUGAUGUCCAGGAUAAGUCAGGGUAUCCUAGUCCCUCAGGGCUUUGGGAGACAGAGUGAUCUAGAAACAUGGAUUGCAGGGCUUGCCCAGAAUCCUAUGUGAGUAGUGAGCGGAGUCGCCAAACCACUUGGAGGGUUAACAGCAUCAUUAGCUCUUGGGAAGGAACCAGCAUUCGCAGUAGAGGCAGCGCUGUGCCACUGUGUGUCACGAGAGGGAGGAUUUGGCUUAGAUGCAUGUGUUUGGUCAGGAAAAGACCAAAUAGAACCCGCACACACACACACACACACCCCAGAGACCACCUCAGCUCUAAGUUUCUCAGGUUUGGAAGUGGGUUUCUGAAGGUCUGUGCACAAAUCUCUUUAUCGUCUUUGGCCCUAGUGAGAUAGAAAGCCACCAAGCAGAUGCCAGGUUGGGAUCUUGAACCAUCCAGGGCCUUCUUAAUGUUAGCCCAUCAGGACUCGGGUUUUAUCUUAUCUCAAGAGGUCCUUCUGGGCAGAUCCAUCACCCUCCCUUACAAGUGUCUACUGCUUUUCCUUCCACCUGAUGGCUCAAGGAGUCCUGCCAGCCCCUGGCAGAGUUCUUGGAGAUCCAUGGUAGUAAAGAUUGCUGCCAGGUUGGCAUGAAAGCUUCUGUAAGCUUGCUGCUUUUCCAGGGCUUCUGAAGAAGGAAACCUGGAUUUCCUAGAGCAUCAGGACAGAGGAAGCAAGAUGGCGCUGAUUAGCUACACCAGAGAAAAAGUUACUUUCUCCUCUUAGAAUUGUCCGGAGCAUUCCAUUUUGGGCAGUGAAAGAAAGGCUUUAAUGCUGCAUUGCCCUGGAGAAACAGGUGUUGGUAUUUCUUGAAGAGCAAAAUAGGAAAAGAAAAAAAAGAAAAGAAAAUAGGCUGUACUUCCAGAUCACCUUCUGAUGGAGGGAGGAGAAGGCUCCCAUGGUUGGUGAGCGUUGCUAGCACUCUCCUGGGAAAGCAGAGGUGAGGAGUGGAUUCAUUUGUUUCUCUGGAGUAGACAAGACCCAAAGACCGAUUGAUCGACACUUGGUUGUUUUGAGAGUUGCGGGUCACAGUCAAGUCCCAAGUCAAAGAAGGGAGGAUGGUCCAGGGAGCUAGGCAGUUUCUUCUUGGAAUAGCCAGAAGCCAGAAGCAUUCCCAGAAAGCUUUUGAAAGCAAAAUUGGAAAUUCUCAGAUUUAUUGCAAAUGUAGUUAUUUACAAGGUUUAAUUGUUAAGGCAACCAUGAUCUUUUAAAACGAUUUCAGAGGUGUUCAUUGGGGGUGGGAUGGGAGUUGGGGGACAAAAUAAAGUAACAGAAGUGGCCCUGGCCACUGAGAACUGCUGUUCAUUGGCCUGCAGUAUCAUUUAGAGGAGGAGAGCACCUAAUUUGUCAGAGAAAACCUGUCAUCUAGUGACCCCAGAUGAUGUGUGUAUAUGAAGAAUAGCCCCCAAGAAUGAUGGCUUUCUUGUGAGUUCCUUCCGUCUUAGCAUUCGCUUGAGUUUUUACACCUGGAAGAAACCAACAUUAUCAGUUUAUUCUCAGAAAAAAAAAAUCUUUCUUCUCCUUUGUCCAUACCUUGUGAAAGAAUUGGGAAUUCACCCCUGCAGCCAAAGUAAGUACCCUGGACAAUAGCCUGGCAAGCAGCUAGUUGUCCACAGGAGGGCAUGGAGCCUAGGUGGCCUUUGGCUACUUCUUCCAGCUGGCAAGUUUUGUUCACUUAUUGUAGGUGUAUGUGUAGUUUGAUCUUUCUGUGAGGAUUUGUGCGGCAAGAUAUUUGAGUGCUUUUUACUGGACUAUGAGAGAUCUGGGCUUGAGUCCCUGGCCACGUUAGCGCACAAGUCAUGUGGCUUUAGAUAAGUCCCCGACACCAAGCUUCAGGAUCCAGGUGUUAACAGGAGAGGGCUGAAGUAAAUGACCUUCAAUGUGGGAUCUAGGUUUGACCUUGAUGUGGAGGGUGGGUAGGCCAGAGAUGAGCGAGAUGGGGAGUUUCCAGUCUUGGAAGCUGUCCUGCCAGGGCGGAUAAGCUUUGCUCUUGGCUAGGAGGUCUUGGGGCUUCCAGUGGCAAGGACAGUCUUGUUCAGCCUGAGCAGGAGAGCACUUCUUCCUUCUUUGGUGUAGUUUUACAUGGAAUUGGUUUAUGCUUAGAGGAUAACAGCAAGAAGCGCAUCCUUUUGGCCUGAGCCCAUCUUCCAUCUCCAGGCACUGUGAAUCCUUUCUACUGUCCGUACUCCUCACUGAUGGAGGAGACGAUGAGAAGAAGCCAUUCCCAGUUCUAGAACUUCUGUUUUUCUCAGCCAAACCCCUGUCGCAAUUUGAAUCAGUUAUGACACCGUUGCUAAAAUCCUUGGCUUGUGUUAGGGCACGGGCGUCAAGGAGUGAGGAGCACCAGGGAACCUCAAGAGGGAUUUGCCACAAGUGGAUUCUCUACUUGUCCACAGCCCCUCACCUAUGCUGGUACUGGCCUACCAUUCUCACAGACAGCAUCUGUCAGGAUGAGGUGUUGGGGAAGCAACUGGCAAAGGGAAGACUCUUUCUGGACUAUGUGUGCUCCCAGAAGGGUCCUUUCUGUGCCAUACCAUCCCACUUCCUUAGCUCUGCAGGGCAGCCAAAGCCAGCCCUGGUCGUUAGGGCCAAGGGGAAAUAGCAAUCUUCUCUCUUCCCCCAGGUGGCAGGGCUGUGGUGGCCCUUCCUACACACCUGGACUCUGCCUACCCUCUCCAGGACUCUCUCCCUCCCCCAACCCCAUCCCCAUCUCUGAGCUAUGGGGCAAUCACUCCCAUUUUUCCUUUGCCAUCCUUGACCUUCGUCCACCCCACCCCACCCCACCCCACCCCCAUCCUCCAGCAGACUGGCCCCACUCCCUUCCAUCUCCAAGUCUUCUUCCAGAAGAUGCAUUUGGAUCCCAGAGGAGUGUUUUCUGGAAGACAAUCUUUCAACAUCCCUACAUUCCUGAUAUGAAGCAGGAAUUUGCACAUGGUGUAGAGAGCUCCCUCUCCCGCCUCUCUGCCCAGCCUUGUUACCUCACUCCUGCUCCAGCCAUUGUGAUGGGCUCAGCCAGCUCCCUGUUCUGAUGUGCCCUGCAACAGCUCAGGGGUCUUGUGACUUGGAGAGGCCUCUCAGCAGGCCUGGGAGCCCGGAUUGGAGCCUUGGCUGCCGAUGAGAAGCACUUACCUGCCAAGAUUUGCUGAUGCCAGACGAUCUACCCCCAGCAUGUGAAUGCGUAACGGACAUUGCCAUCUCUGCCCUUUGGUCCUCCUUGCUUCUCUCCAUACAAUAAGACACCUCCGAAGCAAAAUGGCAGCCCUUGCUCCAGGCAGGACAUCGGGCUGUCUGGGGAGUUGGCCCUGGGCUUCUGUGUUGUGUGCAGAGACUGCACAGUAAAACAGUCACUUUUGCCAACAAGAAUGUGUGGCACCCCACAUUUCCCUACCUUGCACUCUAGGGCCAGACAACUCUCUGCAUGGACCAGACCAUCUUCCCAAACCCAUGGUGCUUUCCCCCCUGACCCCACUCAACCUACAUUCUGAGGUGGGGAGGGAUGGAUCAGAGGCCAUAGUGGCCCCCUGGAUAAUCCUGACAUGGGGUAGAGUCAGUUGAGGCAGAGGGAGCAGCACCCAACACCUGCACUGGGCCACAAGUGGGAAAGAACGCAGGUUGGCUGCAGUUGAGUUGUCUGGCCGUCUGUAUUUGGAUCUUUAACUGUACUUUGCCUGGCGCUGUGCGCAAGGUCCAAAACCUUAUUGCUAGUACCUAGAAACACACAAGGCUAUCCAGCCAAAUCUUAAUGUAAAGUAGCUAGAGCCAUGGAAGUCCGGUAUGAAUUAAAGGAAAAAAGUAUUGAAUUACAAAUAA